AUGUCGAAACCUCGACCAGGAGGACACCCUCGCAAAGCCAUUGCUGCCAGAGUCUUUGAGUGCUCAUUCCCAGGAUGCAACAAGGCAUAUACACAGCUCCACAACUUGAAAUCUCAUGAGCGUACUGGUCAUACGCCUGUACAGAAACCCAAACCGUUUUUGUGUAUCAUCUCUGGAUGCACAAAGGCAUUCCCGCAACGAAAAAGUCUAGCAUUGCAUAUUCGGGCGUCGCACAAGGAGUACAAAUUCAAGCCGUUUAAAUGCUCACAACCAGGAUGUCAGAAGGCGUACACGCAGCUCCACAAUCUUCGCACCCACGAAAAGACCGUUCAUUUGCUGGAUCUGUCUAGAAAGAGGAUGCGAAACCCGACCCCGAACAGUGGAGGCGCUAGUGCUGGCGGUGCUGGCGGUGGCGAUAGUAGUUGUGGCAGUGCCGGUCCACAAUAUGCUCAAGGCACAUACCAAUCAUCCCUCGCCAGAAAUUCAAGCAACAUGAUUGACAGGAAUCAGUUUACGCCGAAUGUUGAGCUGAGUUAUGAGAGCGUGGACGAUUUGACUGACUUCAACGUGAGGAUGAAGGGAGAGGAAGAGGACGAGGAAGAGGACGAGGAAGAGCUGGAUGACGAGAACGGCGAGGAUUACGCGGAUGAGUGA